CUUAUCACAGCGCAUAUCCCACUACAGCCCCUGAUUACUCCAUAUCAACUCGGCAAAAAUGAAUUCCACUGGCAAUAUCCCAGACCAGACGAGAUGCAUCUUUGUCUGCGGGGCUUCCGAACCAAAAGACCUCUGGAUGUUCGCGGACUUCAUGGCUAGCUCGAAGGUCUAUCUCAACACUGGUGGCAUUAGGGCUGCAUACAUCAACACAUUUCCCAUUUAUGACUACCUAGUCAAGAACGAGCGUGUAGCUUGGGGUUACGAAGGUCCUAAUGUUGGUACACCACUGGUCGUGUACAACAAGACCGAUCAUGCUUGGUGGGAAGAUAUCAGCUUGAAUGACUCCAAGUACCUACCUGAAAAAAUACAGGAAGAGCUGGAAAGUAUCGGUAGGACUGUCAAGUAUCCGGAAACCGUCAAUCUGUUCUUCUUCUGUCAUGGAAGUAAUUCAGGAUCCCUCCAACUUGGGCACGGGAGUUUAGGGAUAGAGGAUCUCAGCAGCACAAUCACAUCAAAGUUCAAACCUGGCGUUCAAGUCAAUGUCGUACUUGCAUCCCGCUACUCUGGACUUCUACUCGACUUGAUCAAGGACCGGGAUAAUCACCGCAGGAGUGUUCAGAUUUCAGCCUCAGCAAUGGAGAAAUAUUCCAUCAAUCUCAGAGUGAACGGACCUCCCGUCGUCGCCACGUACAUCAGUAGCCUGAUGUUAGGUCUCAAAGCUGCGCAGCGGGAGAUUCCAGCAACAACGUUGCAGCAGCAUAUCGACUUCGUCAACCAAAGUGGAGUCUCCAGUAGUGAAAGAGUGACUGGCCAUGAGCAAGUCUACCAUGAUGGAUCCCACAGUGCGCUCAAUGCCGUGCUAAACCUUUUCCUUCGCUCUUACAAUGUUCAAACAUUCGAAGAAGGUGAGAAACCAAGACGACAGAACUUCAUACCAGUCCAACCUACACUCGUCAGUGCAACUGGGACGCAAACGUCGGCUGUAGAUUCGGCUCAUGUUGAAAUUGCCCAACCUACACUCAUCACUGCGUCUGAUACACAAAACUUAGCUGGAGGAUCGGCUUCUGUCGAAAAGACCCACACCCACGAUAGUGGAAUCCAAUAUAAGAUUGAUCAGAACAGACAAGCCCAACCUACCCUCAUCAUUGCGCCCAGCACACAACGCUCGGAUGUAGGAUCAGCUUCUGUUGGGAAGACCCACACCUUCGUUGAGGGGAUACAAUACGAGAUUGACCAGAUCAGACGCAUGGCGGGACACAGCGUCUAUGAAGCUUGCUCAAGCAACGACAAAGCUUUUUUCACCAACAUCUACCAGAUGAGCAGCCCAGAUUUUGUCCAACGACACCAGGAGCUGUUCAAAGAAGUCUUGCUCGGCCUCCGAUGGCGAUUCCAGCUCCAAGAGAGCUACAUGUUCACUUUCGAUGAGCUUCUCCGUGAUGAGCUUAUCAGCAAGGAAGCCCUUGUACAGCCAAUGAACAUCGGACCUUACUGCGAAGAGGUCUUCCAGAUCGUCAGCUUGUUGGAAGUAUUCGACGGAGGGGCUGUUUGUGGAUUACAUGCCUCCUCUUAUUCAACGCUCACCGGCAGACUCGGCCAUGGGUAUUUCGAGAUGCCUGUCCAAUGGCUCGCUAUUUUGAUACUUCGAUCCUAUCCUGAGACUGAGUUGCAACACAUCAUCUCACGGUUCGUGACCACUGAUAUAUUUGGGACUCUGCACGAGAAGUUCUUGGAAUUCGCUCCCAAGCCUUUCCGCGUGAGGAACAUGCCCGACGUGAGUGUUGCACGGGACAAAUACGACGCGGGCUCAUACGAGUUAGGGUUUUUCCUACCCCACGGCGUCACUGGCGAGGCUUUCAAGCAGUGGGCCGCGCUUACGGCAAAUCGUUACACACACAUCAGGGACCUCUUUGAGCAGACGUUUGGCAGGGAUACUUGGGGUCCAAGCACGAAGUUUCUCGAGCUCUUGGGAGCUUACAAGACGCUCACCCUUGAAGAGUACUUGGGCCCGCGCUGGCGUAAGGGCGGGGAGUAUGUCGAUACAUUAUCUCCCAUCUCAGGUGCAGAGUUCUCGGGUUUUCCUGUAGCCACAACGGCUUCCUUCGCAAGCUCAGCGCCUCCUUUAGUAGGGGAGGCUUUCUUCGCCGACCUUCAAGAGGAGGGGGAUUUAGAGUGGUUGUUCCUUUGA